AUGGGAAGUAACAGCGCAAACAGUACAAGGGCAAAGUGCACUGAUCUUCAAAUGUCAUUUCAGUACUCUCUCUAUGCAACCACUUACAUCCUCAUAUUUAUCCCUGGUCUACUGGUGAACAGUGCAGCCUUGUGGGUUUUGUGCCGCUUCAUCAACAAGAAAAAUAAAGCCAUCAGUUUUAUGAUCAACCUCUCUGUGGCUGACCUUGCUCAUGUGCUGUCUUUACCCCUCCGGAUUUACUAUUACAUCAGCCACCAUUGGCCUUUCCAGAGGGCCCUUUGCCUGCUGUGCUUCUACCUAAAGUAUCUCAACAUGUAUGCCAGUGUUUGUUUCCUGACAUGCAUCAGCCUUUAGAGGUGCUUCUUUCUCCUCAAGCCUUUCAGGGCCAGAGACUGGAAGCGUAGGUAUGAUGUGGGCAUCAGUGCUGCCAUCUGGGUCAUCGUGGGGACUGCUUGUUUGCCACUUCCAAUUCUGAGAAAUGCUGGAUUAGCCAACAAUACUGAAUCCUGCUUUGCCGAUUUAGGGCUUCAAAACAUUAGCAUGGUGUCUACUAUUGGCAUGGUAACUGUAGCUGAACUUGGAGGGUUUGUUUUACCUGUUGUAAUUAUUACUUAUUGCACAUGGAGAACAAGAAAAAUUUUACAGGAAUUCCAAGUUCCCCCUCAGAACACCAAAGAGAGAAAAAAGACUUUGUGGAUGGUCCUGAUGUGUGCAGUGGUAUUCAUUGUGUGUUUCACACCCUACCACCUCAACUUCCCUUUCUUUAUGAUGGUGAAGCAACGAAUCUUUUCAAACUGCUUCUUUAUUAAGAGCACUCUAUUUUUCCACAUAAUUUCCCUGUGUCUUGCAAAUCUAAAUUGCUGUCUUGAUCCAGUUGUAUAUUAUUUUAUGACCUCAGAAUUUCGUGAUGGAUUUUCGGAUCAUGGUAGUUUGGUUCUUCAGUCAUGUGUGAAAUGCAAGGAUGAUGCUUUGGAAAUUCAGCAUAGGAAGGAGGAUCUUCAAACUAUCUCUCUUGAAUUUAUGGAUAUUCCAAAACAAUGUAAUCAAAUAAUUACCUAG